AAAGUGUUGGAUCAACAGUUCAAAUUGCUAUAGCUAUAAAUUCUACAACGAUUCUAAUAACUUGUUUUGGAUUAAUUGUUAUUUGCUGUACGGAAUCGGCACAGCUCAUGGAAGUCUAUUCUGGAUUUUACAUUUUCAUCGUAAUUGUUCAUAUAAUAUAUGCCAUCUAUUUUUUCAUUGCUGCUUCUUCAAAUAACAUUCUGGAUUAUUUUAUGAAAGUUGCAACUUAUCAAUUAAUUGGAGCUUGUAUUGGGGUUUAUUUUGCCAAGCUUAUUGCAGGCUAUGCUAAAAGUCUUAAAGUUAACCAAGAUAGUGUUCAAACACCUAGAAAAGUUGAAGCUCCUAAUACGACGAAUAAUCAAGUUGUUAAUUAG